GGCACUGGAGAAAAGAACCGGAACUGGAUAUAGAGACACCACUCUAAUUUGCACUCCCCGGACUCAGUUAGACGGUGUACCGGGCCUGGUUACCAUGGUAACUAGAGUCACAGUUUGUCUCCAAACUGAGAGAAGAGGUCUGGAAGGCACCAAGUCAGCCAAUAUUCCAGCUAUUGGAACAACAGUCCUUUCUGUUUCCUCUGUAUUUGUGAGGACCAGACAGAAGUACAGGUUCCAAAGGCCUGAGUCAUCACCAUCAUGAAGGCUUCCUCAAAGGGUCUUCUCACCCACAUCUCCCAGUUCUGGAGCAUGCUCGAUGAUUUGGCAGAAAAUGAUCCCGAGCGCUACCGGAACUUCAUUCAGCAGGAGCUGAAAGAUGGCAAACAGCUCUGUGCCGACCCAGAACCUCAACUCUGUCUACAGACAAAGAUCCUAGUAUGUGGAGCUACUGCAAGGGAGGAGAGGUCUUCAAUAAAACUACUCCGGCUUAACCAGAGGAUACAGUAGCCUUUUCUAGCGCUACUUUAACACGAGAGAAGUUUAUUAAAACUCUCUCUGAGCAGAAAAUGAAACCACAUGGAAGAUUUCAUUGAAGGAGUAAAAAUGAGAAAUUCAUACUUGGUAUUUUAGAAAUCCCAAAUGCAGUUUUAUUGCCCUGAUAGGUGGAAAAGCAGUGCUAUAACGAGUUAAGUUUUUUAAGAAAAUAUUUGUAUUACAUUUUAUGGGUUGGGGUGGGGGUCAAGAGAUUGCAUGUGCUGCCUAGGAAGCACAAGGCCCUAGGUUUGGUCCCCAGCUCCGAAAAAAAAAAAAAAAAGAGAUUGCAUGUGCAAGAAAAGAGGACCACUCUGGGGAGUAGGCUUUCCAUGAGGUGAGGAGAGAAUUCAGAUCAUCAGCCUGGAACCAGGGGCUCUUAAUCCCAUCAAACUGGCCUGGAUGCAAUGAAUGUUUGUUUGUCUCUUUAUGUAGACAUAGGCUGUCCAGUGCUAUGUAGACCAGGCUGGCCAGAACCUCCUGCCUCUGCAUCCUGAGUGCUGGGAUUAAAGACUUCCUGGUUGUGAUUUAAUAAGACUCAGGAGCUGGGGACUUUUUUAAACAAAGAACUUACUAUUAUUAGUUAAAUAAUGAAGCAGUGACAGGAGGUCCAAAACACAUACAGCAGUUGUUUACUUCAUCUCCUCUUCCUCUCCUCUGAGAGAGAACAGCAGUUGGACUUAGGAUGAAGAGCCAGAAGCUUUGGGAAAAUCAAGUAACAAACAAACAAAAUGUCUCAGCAGUAGAAUGCUUGCCUAGCGUGUGAGGCUCUAAGUUGGAUUUGAUUCCUGGCAUAGAGGAAAUGAAUGCUUGUACCAUCAUUGAUGUUGCCUACAAUCCUGGUGUUCUGCAAGCGGCAGAAAAAGACCAAGGAAUCAAAGAUCAGCUAAUUAGGAUGGCCAUGCGGUGCAUCGAGGAGCGACUCCAGCUCACACUUGCACAUUCAUACCAUGUUACUCAUUUUAGAGUGAAAGGAAGCAUUCAGAGAAUGAAAGAAAGGCUGAUGGGCAUUAAAACUCACUUCCCAAACUUCAAAGAGAUGAUGAGAAAAGACAACACUCUUGAAAGGAUCAGAAGCAGUACUGUGAGUGAACCCAGUCACCUUCCUGAGGUGCUAUUGACAAAGAAACAAGUGUCGGCCAAAGGGAGAUGUCUUAUAGAAGAGAUUGCUAGUUCAGAAGUCCAGGUGGAGGCUAAGACACCUGCCUACGAAUUAAAGGUUGUAAAGGAUCAGAACGAGAAGCCGCUGAAAAUUGAGCUGAAAGUCGAGUUACCUGGGAUUAAGGCAGUCUCUCUCUGUGAGCUUAGUGUUUCUGAGGUUGAUUUAUUGAUUGAGGUCUCUGAGAUGUACCGAUUAUGCCUGAAUCUUCCAGAAUCGAUUAAUACAGAAAUGACUACAGCAAAAUUCAUAAAAAAUAAAUCCAUAUUAAUCAUUACAAUGCCCCUGGCAUAAAAA